AAAUAAAUUAAAAACAAGCAAUUUUCUUUAUUUUUCUCCCUGUUGCAUAAAAAUCAAAUUCCCUUCAGUUCCUCUCGAUCCUCAUUUUCUUUUUUGAUCGCGAGAGAAAUUGAGAAAUUCUGGGGUUUGGGAGACCAAAGAAAAAUGAAGGCUAUGGAGACGGUACAUGAUCUGAUUGAAGAAGCUAAACUUCGAACGGUUUGGUGGUGUCUUUGUAUCUUUUCCGUCACUUACUUCUUAUCUCAUACGAGUUCAUCAAUGUGGAUGAAUCUACCCAUAUCAAUUCUCAUUGUGUCUGCACUAAGAAUUUUGUCUAAUGAAGUGGAGUUCAGCUGGAAAGCACGCCAGUCAGUUCGUCGACUGUCUUAUUUGUCACAUUUGGAGAAGAAACAGUUGUCUAUGAAUGACUCACGACUUUCCAUUGUGCCACCGGCACCAAAGUGGAAGCGGAAAAUUGAUUCUCCAGUUGUUGAGGCUGCAAUUGGUGGUUUCAUCGAUAAGAUAUUGAAGGAUUUUGUGGUAGACCUAUGGUAUUCAGAAAUUACACCAGAUCGGGAGGCACCUGAGCUGAUACGGUCGGUAAUCAUGGAUGCUCUUGGUGAGGUAUCUGGAAGGGCUAAAGAGAUAAAUCUUAUCGACUUGCUAACUAGGGAUUUGGUUGAUUUAAUAGGGGAUCACUUAGACCUCUUUAGAAGAAAUCAAGCAGCUAUAGGAGCUGAUGUGAUGGCAACUCUUUCUACUGAAGAGAGAGAUGAAAGGUUGAAACACCAUCUAAUGGCUUCUAAGGAGCUUCAUCCUGCAUUGAUAUCUCUCGAGAGUGAGUACAAGGUUCUUCAACGACUGAUUGGUGGAGUUUUAGCUAUAGUACUUAGACCUCGUGAAGCUCAAUGUCCGCUGGUUCGGACUAUCGCUCGAGAGAUUGUAACUUGCUUGGUAAUGCAACCUCUUAUGAAUCUUGCAAGUCCUGUGUAUAUCAAUGAGGUACUUGAAUUGAUUUUACUUUCCAUUAAAGAUGAUAGUCCAAAAGAUACUGUUGGUGAUCAACCUGCAGCGAGUGUGCAUACUGCUGACUCCUCCUUGAGAAAAGAUCCUUCUGUAAAUAGUCAAAGGACUGGAACUGUUGACAACAAAAGAGACUAUCAAGGAACAGAUAAAACUUUGUCUAAAAUUGAUGAUCGCGGAGAAAUGUACUUGGAUUAUGACUCACAACAAGACCAUAUGCAGCCACAUCCUGCAGAGUGGGCACGAAUGCUAGAGGUGGCGACCCAGAGAAGAACGGAAAUUCUUACUCCUGAAAAUCUGGAAAAUAUGUGGACGAAAGGAAGAAACUAUAAAAUGAAAGAGAAAAAAAAAGUUAAAGCAGGGGUUCAGCAAUCAAUGGCAAAGAGUUUAGUUACAAGCAUUGCAACUGAUUCUAAUUUAGGAAAAGAUAUGCUGAUGAAUACCAAUGUAAUCUUUAAAGAAAUGGAUGAGAAAGCUAUAGGGCGCCUAACACCUAGAUUGAGUCUAGAUACUUUAACAAGUCAUGAGCACAAAGAUGGGAGACAGCCUACUCAGGAUGGUAGCCAGGAAUUGUCUUUUGAAGGCGCACAUGUUGGUGGUGAAUUGGAGAAUGCCGGCAAUCUCUCUUUGAAUGAAAAAAGAGGUGGACUUAGGAGAUCCAAUAGCACCUCUGCUCUAGAAGCCCUGCCUGAUAAAAAUAAUGCAUUUACAGGAGAUGGAGGGGGAUCCAUUAUCUCAGAAUUUUAUAGCCCAGAUUUUCGUAGGAGUCCAGAUCAUGCUGUUAAGGUCUCAAACAUGGUAGUUAGUAGCGAGGGACGUCACAGUCCCAAGCUGAAGUGUCGGGUCAUGGGAGCAUACUUUGAGAAACUUGGGUCAAAAUCUUUUGCAGUUUACUCAAUUGCAGUGACAGAUGCAGAAAACAGAACUUGGUUUGUGAAAAGAAGAUACAGGAAUUUUGAGAGAUUGCAUAAACAUCUGAAAGAGAUCCCAAAUUACACAUUGCACUUACCUCCCAAAAGGAUAUUCUCAUCAAGCACUGAAGAUGCUUUUGUUCAUCAACGCUGUAUUCAGCUUGAUAAAUAUAUUCAAGAUCUCAUGUCUAUAGCCAACGUUGCGGAACAGCAUGAAGUUUGGGAUUUCUUAAGCGUUUCCUCAAAGAAUUAUUCUUUUGCAAAAUCUUCCUCAGUCAUGAGAACCCUGGCAGUCAAUGUGGAUGAUGCUGUGGAUGAUAUUGUGCGGCAAUUCAAAGAUGUUUCAGAUGGCUUUAUGCGUAAAGUUGUUGGUUCAACUUCCCCAUUCGACGAAACCAAUUCCUCAAUCUACAACAGGAACUUGUCCUGGCAUUUGGAUGAUGUGAAUAAACUUGUCUCAAGGCAGGAUACUUUAGAAACUGCAAACAGCUAUUCUGAAACUGAAGAAUGUCAUAAUCAAGGGAGCCAUGACCAGAAGGGAGUUGGAUCUACUGCAGAAGCCAGUGGUUGUCAUUCAGUUAAUGAAUUGAAUGCAAAGGGUUUUCCUCCUCUGGUGUUCAAACAAGAUGAGGAGUCGCAGGCCUUAGGUUUAGAGAAAAAACCUGUAUCAGAGGAGAAAAGUGAAAGGAUUAACCAUGGCGUGUUUUCUGUAGCAAACUCUGCAGUAGCUUCCAGUCAUAUGAAUGAUCCAGUCGGAAUGCCACCUGAGUGGACUCCUUCUAAUGUAAGUGUACCUCUGCUAAAUCUAGUCGAUAAGGUGUUUCAGCUUAAAAGAAGAGGCUGGCUGAGAAGACAGGUCUUUUGGAUAUCAAAGCAAAUACUGCAGUUAAUAAUGGAAGAUGCUAUUGAUGACUGGCUUUUGAGGCAAAUUUACUGGCUUCGGAAGGAGGACACGAUUGCUUUUGGGAUUCGAUGGGUGCAAGAUAUUCUCUGGCCAAAUGGCAUGUUCUUUAUGAGAGCAAGGGUUGCACAAAGCAAAGUUGACGAUGACCAACCAAAUCUCAUACCUUUUCAGAUUAGCCAACUGAGUGGCAGUAAGGUCUCUAAUAAGGGUUCAUUCGAGGAACAACUCGAGGCUGCUUGUAGAGCGAGUGAUAUCAAAAAAAUGCUCUUUGAUGGAGCUCCUGCAACUUUAGUCAGCUUGAUUGGAAAUAAACAGUACAAGCGCUGUGCAACAGACAUUUUCUAUUUCACUCAGUCUACUAUCUGUGUGAAGCAGCUUGCAUAUGGAAUACUUGAACUAUUAGUUAUAUCAGUUUUCCCUGAGCUCCGGGAUCUUUUGCUGGGUCUCAACGAGAAGAUGCGUGCUCCACCUGCAUAGCAAAUUCUUGGUUUAAUCACUACUAAGCCGUGCUCCACCUGCAUAGCACAUUCUUGGCUUCAUCAAUAUGAAGCCGUUGAUUAUUCGUACCAGCUAUGAUGAAAUUAAAAAUAUCAUAGCCACUUCCAAGGAUCACCAGAUUACAUGGUUCCAUUUGGUUUGCCCAUCAUAUUCAUUUUUGUUCACAAGAACAAUCAGGUGAGGUAUUACGAAUGCCAAACAGGACUAGUGAUAUAUUGCACAGAAGUUGUACCAUGGCCAUUAGCUGUACCCCUCGAAUAAUCAAAUUGCACAGAAGUUGAAAAUUAGAGCUUGUAUAGAGGAUGGUGAUGCUUUUUUGUAUAUAGUUUCCUGCUAAUCCAAGCAGUACCCCAUGUCACGGGGAUUUUGUGCUGUCGCAGAUCUUGCAAUUGAUUUUUUGUGAUGGAUUAUUUUACCCCAAACUGGUUCUUCCCCGUGUCACGUGAUUGCGAGGCAAUAAAAUUUCUCUUUUCUUCUCCUUU